GUGUCUGACUGUAGACCGUUGGUUAUCCGGGGAUAUCGCUACUGCUAUUUCUCCUCAGUCUAUCGUUCUCCCUUUUAGAAGAUUGACACAACUAGGUAGGGAAAAGCAAAGAAAGGAAAACAAAACACAACCAAAAAUGGCAGAGCUUGGAGCAGGCAGCCUGUUACAGGGGGAUCCUGCUUUAAAUGACCAAGAGCAAGAGCUAAACGAGCGUUUGAAGCGGCUCUAUCCGGCCGUGAACGAGGAAGAGACCCCCUUACCCCGGUCGUGGAGCCCCAAGGAUAAAUACAGCUACAUCGGGCUGUCGCAGAACAAUCUGCGGGUACAUUAUAAAGGUCACGGCAAAAACCACAAAGACGCGGCAUCCGUGCGAGCUACCCACCCAAUCCCCGCUGCCUGUGGUAUCUACUACUUUGAAGUGAAGAUCGUCAGCAAAGGGAGGGAUGGGUACAUGGGCAUUGGACUGUCAGCCCAGGGGGUCAACAUGAACAGACUGCCGGGCUGGGACAAACACUCCUACGGUUACCACGGAGAUGAUGGGCACUCCUUUUGCUCCUCAGGGACCGGCCAACCAUAUGGGCCCACCUUCACGACGGGCGAUGUGAUUGGCUGCUGCGUGAACCUUAUCAACAACACAUGUUUCUACACUAAGAAUGGACACAGCUUGGGUGUGGCUUUCACAGACCUCCCACCCAACCUCUAUCCAACAGUAGGGCUACAGACUCCUGGAGAGAUUGUAGACGCUAACUUUGGCCAGCAUCCUUUUGUGUUCGACAUCGAGGACUACAUGAGUGAGUGGAGAGCAAAGAUCCACAGCAUGAUCGCUCGCUUCCCUAUCGGAGAGAGACUCGGAGAGUGGCAGACAGUGCUGCAGAAUAUGGUAUCCAGCUACCUGGUGCAUCAUGGGUACUGCGCUACUGCCAUGGCCUUUGCCCGAGCCACAGAGACCAUGAUACAGGAGGACCAGGCCUCCAUAAAAAACAGACAGAGAAUACAGAAGCUUGUAUUGGAGGGUCGUGUUGGAGAGGCCAUCGAAGCCACACAUCAGCUGUACCCCGGACUCCUAGAACGCAACCCCAAUUUACUCUUCAUGUUGAAGUGUCGGCAGUUUGUGGAGAUGGUGAAUGGUACAGACAGUGAGGUACGAUGCUUUAGUGUCCACUCCCCCAACAACCAGGACAGUUAUUCUGGUUCCCCGAGCCUUAGCCCCCGGCAUGGAGCCACCAACCCCCACCUGCACAGCACAGGAGCAGACAGUCCCACGUGCAGUAAUGGUGUGACGCCUUCUAACAAAAACAAGGGCCACACCAAAUACCCCGGAGCUGGCUCCGCCUCCUCUUCCCCUUCCUCCUCACCCUCCUCAGUCAACUAUUCUGAGUCCAACUCCACAGACUCCACCAAGUCCCAGCCACACAGCACCACCAGCAACCAGGAAACCAGUGAUAGUGAGAUGGAGAUUGAGGCAGAGCACUACAGUAAUGGAGUGGCUGAGAAUUCCUCCACUCGCAUCGUAAAUGGCACCUACAAGCACCAGGAGAUCAUGCAAGGGGAUGACAACAGCGUGGGAAAUGGAGUAACAGAGGACAGCUGUGGCUCGAGGCAGCUGUGUGGGGGUAACCAGGCUGCCACGGAGCGCAUGAUCCAGUUUGGCCGUGAGCUGCAGGCGCUCAGUGAGCAGCUCUCACGCCAGUACGGCAAGAACGCUGUGCAUAAGAAGAUGCUGCAGGAUGCAUUUAGUCUACUGGCAUACUCAGACCCAUGGAACUGCCCAGUGGGCCAGCAGCUGGACCCCACACAGAGAGAGGCCAUCUGCUCUGCUCUCAACAGCGCCAUCUUGGAGUCUCAAAAUUUACCUAAGCAGCCCCCCCUCAUGCUUGCCCUGGGGCAGGCUACAGAGUGUGUGCAGCUCAUGGCUCGUGUGCGUUCCGGCUCUUGUUCAUUCGCCAGAGUUGACAACUUUUUGCACUAGCCCAAGUCCAGGCAAUGUUCAGGACAGUUAAGAAGAGGACUUUCCAGCUUUCCGGUUGCCAUGAGGAACACGCUUGUUAGAAAUCGUGCAUUCACUUGCCGCAGGCAGUCCGGAUGAGAGAUGACUAGAAACAUGGAGGAGAGGCUUCUUUUUAAUUUUAGUAUUAUUAAAAUACAAACUGUGUGACACUAUUUAAAGGCAAUUAAUUAUUAUUCUGUUUAUCUAGUCUUUUUUUUUUUUUUAUUUUAGUUUCUAUUUUGUCAGUUUGUUGUGCUCGCCUUGACAUUGAACCAGAAUUCCCUUCUUUGUUUUUAUGGGUGGAUUCAGUGCAUAGUAUUCCAGACACACACCAUAUCGAGGGUAACACAUAGCAGUAAAGUCUUCUUCAGAUUAAAAGAAGCAACACACCUCCCUAUUCAGAACUCAGGUAUUUCCGACACGUGUCAUUUAGCAUGUAGAAGGAGGUAUUGCUGCAGCAGCCAGCAGUACUGUGUGACUACUCAGUAAGGCUUUGCUUAUAUACAGUAUGAAUAUCAAAUAUAAUUUUACUGGCAACUACACCACAUGUCUGUUUCUGAGAUUUUUGAGACGGUGCGGAAUUCCCAUGUGUCUCGCCUCCAAGCUAAUAGUUCACCUCAGGCACCAGCACUAGUGUUUUUAUUAGAUGCGAAUCAUACAGAUGCAUUACAGACCCAGACUUUCUAAGUGUUUUUUUACAAAGCGCGGGUCUCUCUCACUUAAAAAAAAAAAAAAAAAAAAAAAAAAAAAAAAAAAAGGCUCUAUUUUAAUGAUCUUUAUAGAGUAAACUUCAGAAAUGAUGUAAAUCCCCAGCUUUUAUCGUUUUUGGUCAGCCUUAUUGAAAUUGAACCUUUGGGUGUCUGUGUGUGGCUUCAAGGAAUAAAAAUCUGACGUUUUUUGUCAAAGAGAAAAGACGUUAGUAAUUUCAUUAAUAUGACUGCAGCAUUGAAGCUUGGGAGCUGACUAAUUUGUUCCACUAAUUCCUACAUUUUGUAUCUGCUAGGAUAGUGUUGAUGAGCGGUUUCCUCAAAUUACUGACACCAUCUCUACUGAUUGUGUAGUUGUAGCUGUUAGACUGAUUAUGACGACUGUUGGAGACACUGUACUUCAGCUAAGAUCCGUAAAACAAAUGAGGGGUUUAGGGUUUUGGCGGUUCUUUUAUUUUCUUACCUCUUUUGUUCUUUUCUCCAUCACAAGCUUUGUUCCUUCCUUCACAUUUCUUCUCAGUUCUGUCAUUCACUGUCUCUCGCCGUCAUGCCAUCACAAGCUGUGACAUUAUCACUACACACAAUACUGACUCACUGUAGGACGUGACCACAGUGGUCUCCUUUCUCUCAAUUGGGUCACUCACUGUCCACUUGAUUAGAAACACCUGCACAUUCAUGCUGUUGUCUAAUAAGCUUGUCAUGUGGUAGUGGUGCAGUAUGUUGUGAAAUCACAGAUAUGAGCCAGCAGCUUUGGGUAAUGUUCACUUCAAACAUCAGAUUGAAGAAAAAGUAAGUGUGACCGUAAUUGUGGCGUGGUUGUCGACACCAGAAGGGCUGGUUUGUGGAUAUUACAAGCUGUUGAUCUACUGAUAUUUUCACACACGACAGUCUGUAGUAGAGUUUACACAGAAUGGUGUGAAAAACAAGGUAGGAAUGCCUUGUUGUUAAGAGAUAAUUAGCCGGAGCUGCCAGGAAUGAACCGAAAACAGGAAUCUGAGGAACAGACUGUCCAAUUUCAGUGAGUCUGUGCUCGUGAUAGACUCGGAUACUUGUCGUUGACUCAGUGUAGUUUAACAGCAGUGGAACCUGAGUGGUCUGAUGCUCUUGUAGCUCAUCCACCUCAAGGUUUGACAUGAUGUGAGUUCUGAGUCUUUCUCCUCUGAUUUCUCUCAACAAGGUGUUUCAGACUGCAGACACACUGCACACAGGAUGUUUUUUGUUUUUCACACCAGCCUGUUUGUAGUGUGAGAAAAUUCCAAGACCUCUGAAACACUUAAACCAGCCCUUCUGUUACCAACAUUCACUCCACAGUUAAAGUCACUGGGAUUGCACUUUUUCUGCAUUGUGCUGCUGCUACAUGAUCAGCUGAAUGUACAAGUGUUUCUAAUAAGUGUAAAACAAAAUAUUGCGCAAGUACAUCAUUUUUAUUCUAUGGUACUCGCUUCCGUCAAUGUACUCUGGAUUUCUGACCAUAGUCAAACCCCAGUUUCUUCCCCAGAAUCAUCCAUUUCUUCACAUUAAUCACUUUUCACUGCAAGCCACCAUAUGAUUGUUACAUCCGUUAUUUUACAACUAUAUUUUUAUCUGUUGUUUUUGGACAAAUUGCAUUGUAUUCUCAGUUAUACCUCACUCAGAUGGCAAACAACCCAGUCCACAUCACUUCGCCACCUGUGCAGUAGCUGCAUUUGGUUGAUCUUUUCACUGAGCAGGUCCAAGGGUUCUGAACUUUUCAAAAAUGGUCCAAAGUUAUGUUUCUCAACUUUGGUCAUGGAGUAGCCCAGACCUGCACAUUUUAUUUUAGUAAUUUGCCCAGUUCAUCCUAGUUGAGGCUUGUUAAUCAGGUGAUGAGUUGAAGCAGGCAAUUGUGAGCAGGGAAAAUAUCCAAAUGUGCAUGUGGUACUCCAGGACCCGGAUUGAGAAACACUGGUCUAGAGGUUACAUAUAUAAUCUGCAAGGUCUGUAGUCCACCUGGUUCAAGAUAAACAUGAGCUAACAGCCAAACUGUGGUUCACAAAACAGUACACCAUUCUAGCCACAUGAUCUCGAUGUGUUUAUGAAUGCUCCUUUAGGUCAUACUUUGUACACUUUCCAAUAAUUUGUUAGUUCAACAGUGAGUUCUCUUUCCUUAUUCUGGUACAUGACUUGAUGAAAAUGCUGAGUGGUGUUGCAUGGAGACAUCGUGUGUAACAGAGCUAGAUCGAAGAGCUCAUACUUUUACUGAUCUGUACAUAGUAAAGCCUGUGUUUUAGGGGUGUUUUUUUUAUUUUUAUGGCAAACCAAUACCUGCAAGAGCUCAUCAUUGGUUAUCCACCCAUUUUAAAAUGGUCGAACGUUGAGCUGAACCUUGAUCAGGGACCUACUCUAUACAAAUGAAGGAAAGAAUUGCGCUGAUAUCCUCCUAGGAAAUAAUUUGUCCCUCUUUGCUUAUUCGUGUAGUGGCAUCUCUGCCUCAGAUAACGAAGAAGCAGGACAAAUAGAACUAAGCUGAAUACAACAAGCUGUGCACAAUUUCACUUCUGUUAUUAUUUCGAAUUUAUUUGAGUUUUGGUUUUAGCCAUUGUGAAAUGAAUUAGCCUCUACUUAGCAUGAACCUUUAAAUACAUUUAAAAACAAAAAUAAAAAAGGAAAACAAUAGCUUAAAAGAAAAAAAAACAUACAUAUGUACUGGCAACAUGUUAAAGAAAUAUUGUACUCAUUUAAUUUUGACAGAAUUAUUUUUAUUAAAAUACAUCCAUG